AUGGUAGGACUACUCCCUUACAUCCUCGCUGCUCUGGGGCUGGCCUCAGCAUUUCCGCUCAUUCCACGCCAGAACAACACCGGGACGGAGCGCAAACUCCUCGUCAGUACCAAUAAUCUCAUCUUGCCGUUCUACUUCAAAGACAACACCUUCAUCCAGUCUCAGGCCAACACUACCCUGCCCCAAGUCACUCCUAGCUGGUUGGCCCUCAAGGAGCCCAAUCUCUUAUAUGCCGUGGACGAGAAUACCAACGCUACCAUGCUGUUCAAUUUUGACGAGGUCGCCCACGCCGUAUCCAAGGAGCCCGUGGCUAGUGCCAACGGUUCCGUUGGCACCGUCUCCCUCGCAUUCAAUCAAGACAAGACUCGCCUUCUCGGUGCAUCUUACGGCGGAGGCGCAGUUGACGUUUGGGACAUCUCGUCGGACCACCAUCUCAAGUUGAUCAAGUCGGUCGCGCUUGAAGUCCCCGGCUCGAAUGCUCACCAGGCUCUGCUGGAUCCCAGCGGCCGGUUCUUUGUUGUCAAUGAUCUUGGUGGCCACAAGAUCUACAUCAUUGACUCCAAGGACGACAAAUAUGAGAUCAUCAGUAGUUACGACACUCCCGAUCAGACCGGCCCGCGCCACGGUGCUUGGAUCAAGUCGGCCGGUGCUGGAAACAGCAGCAGCCCUAGUGACCUGGCAACCCACUACGCUGUGGUCUGUGAGGUUGGCAACCGUGUCCUGCUGUACAAAGUGGGCUCAGAUAAUGGCAUUCCCGUUCUGACUCUAGUCGAUAAUGUCAGCACUUUUGGUGAUGCCUUCCCGCCCACGACCCCCGAGUCCGCUGCCGCAGGCGAGCUCGUGGUUGCAAGCAACCAGAAAGACAUCUACGUGUCGAACCGAAUUACUGGCAACGAGACGGACAGCAUCUCGCACUUCGCCCUGGAGGAUUAUAGCCUCCGAUUCGUCGACCAGGUCUCCAGCAUGGGCACCAAACCCCGCAUGAUGAGUCUCAGUGCCGACGAGAGCAUCCUAUUCAGUAGUAACCAGAAUGGCACCAACGGCCUGGUGGCGUACAAGCGCUGCCAGUCCUCUGGCUCGUUGGACGAAGAGCCCCUGGCUGUCUACGAUAAUUCCAAUUUUCCCCUUGUUGAUGGACAAGUCGCUGGCCCGAUGUUCGUCAUGGAAGUGCCUGUCUUAUCUAAGCAGUAA